ACGUCAUUUGCCACAACACAGACUGAAAUUGUUCCAAGCGAAACACAAAGUUUUACGGUGGAAUCGUCUGCACAAAUAGUUUCAUCUCUACUUUCCACACUGACCAGUUCGGAAGAUUCUACAACUCAGUCUAUUGCAACGUCAGCCAUUUCCAUCACCAGUCUAUUCACUCCAACGACUUCAAUACCGGAAUCACUGACAUCGUCCACACUUACUUCGACACUACCGAGUUCUAUUGCAACGUCAGCCAUUUCCAUCACCAGUCUAUUCAAUCCAACGACUUCAAUACCGGAAUCACUGACAUCGUCCACACUUACUUCGACACUACUGAGUGUUAACUCAACAGUGUCUGAAUUCUCUACAACAUCGGUAAGCGCUUCUUUAUUGUCAUCAGAGACUAGCUCAUCUAUUGCAACGUCAGCCAUUUCCAUCACCAGUCUAUUCAAUCCAACGACUUCAAUACCGGAAUCACUGACAUCGUCCACACUUACUUCGACACUACUGAGUGUUAACUCAACAGUGUCUGAAUUCUCUACAACAUCGUCUGUUCACUCCAACGACCUCAAUACCGGAAUCACUGACAUCGUCCACACUUACUUCGACACUACCGAGUGUUUACUCAACAGUGUCUGA